UAUUCUGUAUCUAUAUAUAUCGCCUCAUCAUAUUGCUACUAACUGUAUCCAUUGGAACCUCGGUUUUCACAUGCCCUAGUUCUGAGUGAUUCGGUUUUCGACAUUUGCUUUGCCAAAACCUUUUUUCAGUUUUUGUAUACCGCUUGGUUUUUGUACAGUUGAAAAUUAAACUGCACAAAAACCAAGCGUAUCCAGUAUAUGGUAUCCAAAUGUUAAACACGGCCGCCUACCUGCUUCACUUGUAACUUUCUUAUUUUAAAAUGCUUGCAAUUUCGUAACCCUAUUAAAGGUGGAACCAUUUUGGAAUUUUGGUCCAGAAGAACAUGAAAUAGACACACAUGAUGUGCUUACACCUUGCCACAUGAAAUGACAUGGCGGGCCCGAUCUGGCCCCUGGGCCUCGUGUUUGACACCCGUGUUUUCCAUCCAAAACAGACACAUUUGAAACUUAAAGCCACUUCUUUUGUCACCCAGUGCACAUAAUGUUUGGUGACCUUUUCCACCUUAACGUGCUACUUUACAUUGUUGAUAAUCCACAUUCCGCUAAAACGCUUCUCUUGUCCCCCUCCCCUCCCUCGCUUUCUCUCACGCUCUCUCUCUUCCUGCAGACUCCUCCUCCCACCUCCCUCCGGUUGCUCUCAUCUUCUCCCUCCCCCCCUCCUCCGGUCCUCUAUGCUCAGUUCGGUGUGUGUAUCCUCUUUCAAAGGGCGCAAGGGUGGGAACAAGUCGUCCAACAAAGCAUGUUACAGCGCAGACAUGACUUGUCCGUCGGAAAGCGAGAAAAUCGUGAUAAACUGCGGCGGGGUGCGCCAUGAGACGUACCGGAGCACCCUGAAGACCCUGCCCGGCACCCGCCUGUCGUGGCUCACCGAGCCGGACGCCUUCAGCAACUUCGACUACGACCCCAAAUUGGACGAGUUCUUCUUCGACCGCCACCCGUCCGUCUUCUCCUUCAUCCUCAACUACUACCGCACGGGCAAGCUGCACUGUCCCAACGACGUGUGCGGCCCCCUGUUCGAGGAGGAGCUCGCCUUCUGGGGCAUCGACGAGACGGACGUGGAGGCGUGCUGCUGGAUGAACUACCGCCAGCAUCGGGACGCCGAGGAGGCGCUGGACAGCUUCGAGACGCCCGAGCCGGACGCGCCCGACGACGACCCGGCCUUGGGGGGCGCCGACGGGGACCUGAAAAGACUGUGCAUGCAGGAGGACGCCAGGAGGGCGGGCUGGUGGAAAACCUGGCAGCCCAAAAUAUGGGCACUCUUCGAGGACCCCUACUCGUCCAAAUACGCCCGGUAUGUGGCGUUUGGCUCCCUAUUCUUCAUCCUCAUCUCCAUCUCCACUUUCUGCAUGGAGACGCACGAGGCCUUCAACACCAUCCUCAACAAGACCGAGAACGUGACGGUGGGCAACGUCACGCGCGAGGAGAUCGUCUACGAGGUGGUGACCGACAGCUGGCUGACAUACGUGGAGGGCGUGUGCGUCAUCUGGUUCACCAUUGAGGUCCUCCUGCGAGUCAUCUUCUGCCCCGACAAGGUCGAGUUUUUCAAAAGCACGCUCAACAUCAUCGACUUUGUGGCCAUCCUGCCCUUCUAUCUGGAGGUGGGCUUGAGCGGUCUCUCCUCCAAGGCCGCCAAGGACGUCCUGGGAUUCCUCCGCGUCGUGCGAUUCGUCCGCAUCCUCCGAAUCUUCAAGCUGACCCGUCACUUUGUGGGCCUGCGAGUCCUCGGCCACACCCUCCGUGCUAGCACCAACGAAUUCCUCCUGCUCAUCAUCUUCUUAGCCCUCGGCGUCCUCAUCUUCGCCACGAUGAUUUACUACGCCGAGAGAAUCGGCGCGCACCCGGACGACCCGGCAGCGAACGCCCACACCAACUUCAAGAAUAUCCCCAUCGGUUUCUGGUGGGCCGUGGUGACCAUGACCACGUUGGGCUACGGAGAUAUGUACCCGGAGACGUGGUCGGGGAUGCUGGUGGGGGCUCUGUGCGCCUUGGCCGGCGUGCUGACAAUCGCUAUGCCCGUUCCCGUCAUCGUCAACAACUUCGGCAUGUACUACUCUCUGGCCAUGGCCAAACAAAAGUUGCCCAAAAAGAAGAACAAACACAUACCGAGAGCACCUCAGCCGGGCUCUCCCAACUACUGCAAGCCGGAUGCCCUGGCCAUGGCUACUGCCUCACCGCAAAGACUCUUGGGAAAUGUCCUAGGCGGAGUGAUGGGCUCCGGAGGCCUCGGGGGUGACUGCCCCCUCGCCCAAGAAGAAAUUAUAGAGAUCAACAGAGAUUCCAAGCAGAACGGUGACGCGGCCUCGGCCGCGUUGGCCAACGAAGACUGCCCCACCAUCGACCAGGUGCUCAGCCCGGACGAGAGGAGCCCCAUCGGGCGGGGUCCGACCCGGGAACGCUACCAGCAGGACCGCGCCUGCUUCCUGCUUAACACCAGGGAAUUCCGAGCCACAGAUGGGAACGUGCGGAAAGAGGCAGCAGCCCUGGCACCCAGCCCAGACUCCCCUCUGACUGAGGAUUGGUAUAAGAUGGAAGGGUCUCUGUUACAGCAGGACCUCAAUGCAAACUCCACCGCCUCCUGGAUCAAACCAUAGACCAGAGUGUUAAGUUUCUAGCGUUGGCCUUCUCUCUGUAACGAGGAGUCAUUAAGCGGUUAACGCAUAUUUGCGGCGGGAGCCACGUAGGCGGCGGGCGUGGCGUGGAUGGACGUUUUACAGGAGAUCUUUGGCGUGACACGAGAGAAAAAGAGAGCGGGGCCACACGUUUAAUCAUGAAUUGUGGAAAUUCACACGGUCAGCUCCUGCUCACGUCGUUACCAAAGUAGCCUCUCGGAACUCCGAUGACCACAUUUUUUUGACAUCUAUCUGACAGACCUUUUUUUUUUUCUCACCCCCUCUUCUUUUUUCUCCCCCACCCAUUUUGGGCCAAUUGACUGAGCAUUGCACUGACACACUUCGGGAGGAAGAAAAGAAAAAAAAAAAGACUCCUGAUGGCACAUUCCAGAUCACUUUGAAAACAUCACCUGUUCUGUGGCCCACUUUACCUGUUUCUGGAACAAAGAAACAAAAAAUGACUUGUCUUCACAAGGGACUGAAUGAACAAUGUAGCAUCUCUGCUAACACUGUAGCAUUUGUUGGCUGGGAAACGACUUUACCUGACAGGAGAGCGAGGGAUUUAUGCAGUUUAGAUGUCACGGCCCUCUCGAGAUCCUUUCCAGUGAAGAAGUAAAACACCCUGACAGUACAUGAGAGACACAGGUCUUAACCUUCAAGGAAAAUUACGAUCAAACGAAUGACCCGCAUAAAGAUCAAGUUUAGCACUUGCAUCUGAAACUUUGUCUUCCAUUCACUUCUAUAAAACACGUAUAUGAAGCGAUCGUUUAAAAGCUACUACGACUAAAUUAAGCCCAUGUAGCAUCCGCGUCCGACGUGGUUUGACCUUUAGUCUGCCGUGACAUGACAAGACGUUUUCUCUCAUGUACUGCAAAAAGGGGUGGGGUGGGGGGUGGGGGGGGGGGGGGGGAUUUGCGAUCCUGCCGAAUGACCUUCUGUGAUGUCAUCUAGAUUAGCAGAAAUUAGUCCAUUUAGGGUUGAACUGCCACUUGCAUUCGCUCCUCUUUUAAGUGAAGCACAUUGAAGCAAAAUUUAGAACGAUCCCGGCUGGAGCGGAAAAUAGACUCAAGGAGACGCGAGCUAGAGAUGACUCUUGUCGGUCUUUGGUCCAAUAAUAAGAUUGCUUGAAUUCUAAUGAAAAGGAGAAUGGACAGCAACCCCAUGUCCCCUCCACUCCCUGUCCCCUGCCACAAGGACACUUUUUACACCCCAUAUAACUGCCCAUUAGCAGGAAAGGAUUCAUUUGAAAGGGACCAAUCAGAUUAAUAAACCCCCAACACACACACACACACGCACACAAAGGCCUACACUGCCAACAAGGCACAAGGACCCCCAGAUGAAUACUGCCCAGAAUCACUCUGUGGUACCUCUUGCUGCCAGCGGGCUACUUCACUGGUGGGUCGACGUCACAAUGAGGACGGCCCGGCAGGCGGAGCCAUCAACAAGGAGAAGCGGACCAAGGAUAGAAGUUUACAAAAAAAAAUAAAAAAUGAAGAACAAAUCUAUAUUUUGAUAAAACAAAUCUAGAUAUGGCAUAGGAAGCUGGUCCAGGAUGGAAUGAGAGGAAGUGGAAGAUGGCGCUGUGGUGGGGAUCAGAUGCAAAAUUUGUCAUGAAAAAAAAACAAAGAAUCCUGGGGAAAAAUUGGGUGGCGAACUGAAGUUGUGGAGAGACAGAGCAAAGACACACUCGUGCAUCUAAGUGAAUGGAUGGACCCCCGAGAUCAACAAAGAAGGGGCGGGGAAGGGAAAAGAUGAUGCAUUUUUGUAACUUUGUUUACCAGCAUGACUACUUUGCAUGACUGUCCUUUCUGCAAACCCUUAGUUGAAGACAAGGGUGCUAGAGAUACAAAAACAUAUAUAUAAAAUGAAUUUUUAAAAAAAUGUUAUAUGCAAUUCAUGUUUAAAAAAAAAAGAUUCUAAUGAAAGAGAAGAUAUAUUUUGUUUUGAAAAGUAAAAAAAAAAAAUGUGAAUAUUGAAACGUACACCCUGAACUAUGUUUUUGUUGGAUGAAAUCUCUCUGCUUCUACUGCCCUACUUUCCUCAUUCCAGGGUUUUGCAUCCAUACUAACAUAGUUUGACUAUUUUGAACACGGUAUAUUUUCCUAACAUCUGUCAUCAUCCGAGACUUUGCCCACCGUUAGCUUGCGUGCAAAGUCGACCGUAGCAGCAGCAGCAGCUCGAAAACAGGAAAGCUCUCUGUACUUUGACUGCUUGAAUAACAUUCAUAGUUUAUUUAUCUUUUUUUUUUUUUUUUUUUUUUGUGGCAAUAAUACGAGAGAAGUUGAGUCAUGACUGUAGCAGUGCAAACUGGAUGGAGUAGCUUUCGAGACUCGAUGGGCUCGGUUCUGUUCUGCUUGGGCGAAAGAUAAAGAUUGAUGUGCGUGUGUAUAUAUAUAUAUAUAUA